GGUAUACUGACCGGAAAUGACGUCAUUCUACGGUUGACUGGAACAGACAACACCGCUGAAAUGCUCAAGGAGUAACCGGUGGAGACAAAGAUGGCAGCUGUAUCUGGAAAUUCACUUUGGACAACACCUCUUUCUUCAUCAUCGCUGCUCUUACCGACCACGUUGAUCGCGGUUGUCUCUGCUCUAACAAGGGUAUCGGCCACUCCUGUUGACUGCGACUACGAUCAACAAUUCCAUGUCGAUAGAGAAGAAGAUGGCGACAUAUUCACCAAUCCCUGCCAGUACGUCGAACCGAAUAACCAGCGGCACUGUCACGACGACUGCUCGGCGAAGGAAGCAAACUUCUUUGGGAAGUUUACGUUUGAGGGCGGCGUGGAACAGUGCGCCUGCAAGUGUCGACAAAACACUCACGUAUUCGACGUCAAGAGACAGGUGUGCAGCAAUACGGAUAUAUCCGCAGGUAAUUAUGACAACCAGACAUGUCAGAUAACGGUUGGAGACGCUCUCUACCGGACCCUUGAAAUCCCCACCGGCCAGUCGUCAGUUUUCCUCCAGCCCAGGAUCGCUCUACAUGCCGGCGGCAAUGUUGUGACGCAAGCGGAGUCAUGUCAAGUCUCAGACGAGUUCUAUUUGGACAGAAGAGGGGUGUGGCCGUUAAACCACAUCUUCAGCUACAGCGCGACCAGCGGGCCAUUUUUCCAGCUGAGAGCACGUUCAGAUGGAUACAUGUACAUCAGGUGGAUGGGUCCCGCCCACCUGUCUCCCUGUCUGGACGGGCUAGUCUUACAGCUGGCCAUCUCGUGUAACUCCAACCCUCGGCAGACGUGUGUUAGCUUCAAGUUAGACGGCACGGCUAUGUAUGACUACCAGUCGGGAUCAUCUCCCUGUCUUCUUGCAACUGACUCCACGGGAUCGGGCGGUUAUACCGGCUAUACAGAUACAAAUACAGAUCCAGGGUCCGGCCUGAGUCCGAUGUCCCGGACACACGCAAACCCGGUCUUGACCAGCCAAGUUACAGGGACGCCAACACCAUCACGUCCACCGGCAUCGAACAGUAAUCUAGCGAUGAUAAUUGGUGUUGCGGUGGGCGCAGUUCUGGCUCUAGCAGUGAUAGGUGUCAGCGUGGCAUUCCUGUUCUACAGGGCUGGGAAAGUUGCAGGGAGACAACGAAGCACAAUGAGAACUAACCUGCCAGCCAGUGCAAGGAAGAAGGACGGCGUGGCAAACCCUGCCUACUCGUCACAGGCUAGUCAGAAGGGCGCGAACGUCCCCCCACCCGUCCCGCCACGUCCGGGGGAAGAGCCCAACUACUACAGCUCCGCCGACCCAGAGGACAUCUACAUGGAGCUCGAUGGAACUCAGCAGCGCAGCCUGUAUAGAAAAGGCACAUCGCAAGGUGGCGCUUAUACCUCAUUGAAUGCAACUUCACCGGCGGAGAAAGACAAGGGAGAUGCCAGCAAAGGCCCCGAACCGCCCGCACCGCCACCGGUCGGUUCUAUACCAGGGUACGAGGGUGUGUAUGUGGAUCCACAGCCCGGGGAGGCAGGUCUUCCCGCUGAUGCAGACUAUGAAGGCUACAUCGUGCCAAAAUCUGAAGAAAAUGAGUACUUGGACCUGAACGGAGGGUCUUCAAACUUGUGAUAAACGCCCAUGGUUUAUUUAUGGCGCCUUUUACAUGAAAACAAAGCUGGGGAAAGCGUAAUUUUGACAAACUGUACUCACCCUUGAGUCUAUGGUGUUCAUUAGGUCGUUGAAGGUUCUUGAUAUAUCUGUGUAAUGUACUUAUCAUCUUAAAUGUUGCAAUAUGUAAGAUUUUGAUACUGUAUAUAUUGUGGUGAAAGAAUCUUAAAUUUGAUGAAACAAUAUUAUUACUAUGUAUAUACAAACAUACUACUGCUGGAAGUAUUGCUACGUAGAAUCAUUAGUAGAACGCAUAGGGUAACCUCGCGUUUUUGCGGUUUCUUUGACAUUCCCAAUCCUGUAUCGGCAAUCAGAUCAUCUUAUUUAUUC